UGAUGUAUUCACUGGUUAGGAAUGUCGGUCUACGUCAAGUCCACUGACGUUUAAGAAUGGUUAAAUCAGCACACUGAACAAAAGAUGAGUAACAAUACAUAGUUUAAACUAACAGGUUAACCCCAGAUUUUCACUCUUCAUUCAAUAUGUGUGAUUUAUGCUUAAUGUCUUAAAUCAAAUGAGCUUACAAUAUAACAUUGAGCCUGUAUCAUUAAUAUUUGAUCAAAUAAUAUUACAAAAUGUAGAAAAGCAUUGUGACAUGUACUGUAUGGAGAACAUUCCUUUUCAAGGCUGUUACUAGCUGUUGUAAACUCUCAAAAGGCUAUAUGUUACUUUGUUUGAGAAACAGACAAUUGAGAAACAGUCUUUCUGAAGACACUGAGGGAUCCAGUCACUGGAAAUGUGGACGUAACCUCAGUGGCCUCUGCAGGCUUCUAUAGCAUGUUGCUGGGUCAGGGGUUUGAACAAUGGAGCUGGGAAUUCUUUAGGUUUGGUCAGGUAUAAAAGAAAGGGUUAAACCAGGUAGGAAUCAGUUCAGGAGCAGCAACCAGCAGCACAGUGAGCAAACAUGUCCACCAGCAUGAACAUGGGCAGGAUCGUCUUCUACGAGGACAGGAACUUCCAGGGUCGUUCCUAUGAGUGCAGCAGCGACUGCGCUGACAUGUCCUCCUACCUGAGCAGGUGCCACUCCUGUAGGGUUCAGAGUGGCUGCUUCAUGGUCUACGACCGCAACAACUACAUGGGAAACCAGUACUUCAUGAGGAGGGGAGAGUACUCUGACUUCCAGAGUAUGAUGGGAAUGACGGAUAUCAGGUCCUGCCGCACGAUCCCCAUGCACAGAGGAUCCUACAGAAUGAGGAUCUACGACAGAGAUAAUUUCGGAGGUCAGAUGCACGAGAUGAUGGACGACUGUGACUCCAUCAUGGACCGUUACCGUAUGUCCGACUGCCAGUCCUGCAACGUGAUGGAUGGCCACUGGCUGAUGUACGAGCAGCCCCACUUCAGAGGCAGGAUGACUUACAUGAGGCCCGGAGAGUACAGGAACUUCAGGGAUAUGGGCAUGAGUGGCAUGAGGUUCAUGAGCAUGAGGCGUAUCACUGAUAUGUGCUAGAUAUGUUAUGUUGGCCAAAUAAAAGUGAUUGAU